AUGUCGUACGCAUUUAACGAUUGUGUGGAUGAAGAUAGUCGCACACUUUUACAAAAAUUAAGCAUAAAUAAUCCCUUCUAUCGUUUUCGUAAGCAGUCUACGUCUCUCAAAGAGAUGAGACGGCCACGUAUUAAACGCAAACGUAUACGUAAAAUUAAGUCAGACACGGACAUACUUAACUAUCAAUUGACAUCGGAUAGUGAUGUCAAGUUGUUAGCAAGUCUGCCCGAUGCAAGUGUAGUAGUUGUAGUAGAUUCUAAGUCCAUAGUAAGUAAGCUUAAGUCUGUAAGUAGUUUAGAAAUGGCCACAAGUUUACAUGCACAGUCGAAUAUAAGCGGCCAAGUGCUCAAGCCAACGAGUUAUCUAGCUGAACCCAACGAUAAUAAUGAUCAUAGCACCGUUAUAACAAAUCCAUUUUCAAUAUUUCACGAUGAUGAUGUACUAUCAGUAAAUAUCAAUAGUCGACUCCGAACUGCUUCAAAUGCAACGCAGCGCACAAUAAAGACACACCGCUCCGAACGUUCAAUACGGCGUUUUUUCGACCUAGAAGAACAAAAGCGGCAGUAUAUGCAAGAACAUCAUUAUUUGUAUGGUGUACCAGUGUGCCGCUUCGAACGACAGGAUUACUACAAUAAUGGCGAUACGCCGAAAGAGAGUAAAACUGGCAAAAAAGCAAAAGCGGUUUUAAAACAUUUGUCAUUGCGUAAACUACACAAAUCAAACACCAGUACACUGUUAACUAAGGACGCCAGUAAUGCUUUACCACAACUGAAGAAACUUAAGAUUACAUACCCGAAUCGCACUCAGAGCAUACAUAGCAUACGUGCAUGUGAUGUUGCCAAUAAUUAUCAAUCUACCAUAGCUGUUGCGCAGAAGCACACCUACUUUGAACGUCUGCAAGCGAAAACAAAGCAAGGUAUACAAAGGAUUAAAGACAAGUGUCGCAAUUUCAAGCAAUCAGCACACGAUUCUGGCUUCAGUACUCUCACCAAAGACGACAGCUUUCGCUUCAUCAGCGACCGCAUGCAUAUCAAUCACUACGAAUCGCGCUGUGCAGCAGCACAUGCGCAAGUGAACUCAAAUGUCGGUAAGCACGCCACUAUCUAUAAGAGUUACAAGUCUGAAAUAGAUCUCUCCAAAAAUUUACACUACCUAGACGCCUAUCUAGAGGAGAAUUUUGACCAGCAUUUAUGUGAAACAAAAAGGUCUGCACAUUCUGUUGGCAGAGUAUCUGGCACACGUUUGGCUAAACAUCGCGAACUAUUGCAACGUAAAAUACAAGAUGAACAGCAGUCCAAUAAUAAUGUUUUGCAAUACUCACCGAAGCCUACGAAGUCACCACGUACUAAGACACACAAGCGUAGCCACUCAAUGUUCAAAGCUACUUGCGAACAAAAGCAGCAAAUUGCUAACUAUGAGAACUUGGGCACCUUACCAAUUGCACAGGAACGCUUGGCACGCAAACUACAAUCAGAUUCUAUGAGCAGUUCAGAUUAUGCUUCGGUUUUUAGUGGACCCACCAACAACACAGCCACUCCAGCAUUACAUACCGAAAGUAUUGAUGCUUCGGCAAAUGAUACUCUUAACGCUGAAGAUACCAGCAAAUUACGUUACGAACAUCCCAAAAUAUCAGAAUAUUUUUUUGAGAACUUAACUCAUUAUCCUUUACAACUUAAUGACACAGCAGAUAUUUUGUUCGACGAUGCCGCUAAGGAUGCUAAUAUUUACUUUGGUAAUGACGAUAGCGAGAGCAACGAUGAUUACACUCACUCCUCAUCCAAUGUUGAUGAAGGCAUACGUAUACUUGUCAAUGCUGCCGAGGAUGUUGAUUAUCAGCAAGAAUUUAUGUCAACUCCUGCAAGUAAUUGGUACGAGCAUCAUACUGACGAAAGCAAUUUCCUAGCCUAUAAUGAUAACUUAGCCGAAAGCAAUUUCUAUCGUUCACUCAAUCAGCAUUUGCAACGCCAGCAGCAGCGACAUUUCGAUGCAGCUCACAGCUACUUGGAUGGGGACGGCAAAGAUUUGAAGUAUGAAAGUUACUUGGCACAUUUUCAUCGUCACAAAAAGAAAUCCAAUUCAAUCGAAUACGAUAAUGAACAUGAUUAUAGCGACAGAAUUGAUUUGCGGCAAACAAGAAUCAUUGAUGCCAACAACUCAACACAAAUCAAUGCCACAGCCGCAAAAAAUUUGCGCUGCUCACGGGAUGCGCAGUCAAGUUACUAUGAGUAUGGCGGUUUUUAUGGCUUUGACAGAAAUAGUUUAACAACGGAAGAAGCAGCCAAUGUCAUUGGAGGCAUUACACUUGAUGGCAACAUUGAUAACUUCAAAUUGCUUGCUACAAGCCCUGCAACGCGCUCAAUAACACCAGCAAGUCCCAACAAAUUAACAGCAGCUACUAUGAUACAACCGAGUAAUGGAACAUUGUUGACAACGAGCUCAAUGGUAAAAACGGCGGAAGAUGCCUUAGUGCAACAACAACAGCAACAAACAGAACGUUAUCGUCAACCCAAUCAGCAGCAGCAACAACAACGACAGAAGUAUAUGAGUCCAACAGCAAUAGCUAUGCACAACUCGGCUAUGCCAACAACACCGUUUGGCAAUCUUAUCUCCCCUCAGCCAUUUUCCAAUUCAACGGUGACGGCAACAGCAACGGCAAUAGCUGCUGCUAAUGCUGAUAGUAUAACUGGUAAUAAAGGAAGUCGUUACAUUUUCGUUGACAAUGAGGAUGACAACGGUACAAUGGCAGCAACAUUAUCAUCAUCAAAUAUUUAUGCCAGUAAAGUGAAAAAUGUUUCAGCAAUGUUAACAAUUUCCGAACCAUCAGCAACACCUACAAUUGCCGCUACACUAAUGACAACACCAACACUAUCGCCAACAGCAAUCACAGCAGCUGCAGCAAAUACAGCACUGUCGAGCUCUUUAAAAACAACUUCGUAUCUAUCACCGCAAGAGAGUUACGUGUUCACGCAUGAUAAGCACAGUAAAUCCGCUGGAGUUGUUGCCACAACAACAGCAACAAUUGCAACAACAAACAAUCGCUACGCUAUGGAGAACUUACGCAAACACUAUCAGCAACAACAACAAACAGCAACAAAUUCAAUUAAUUCAUCUUCGCUAUCGACAUCGUCAUCAUCAACAUCAUCGACGUCGCAAACUAAUCAACAACAACAGCCCAAAUUGCAUUUGAGCAAUGCGGCUAGCACACAAUACAAAUAUAAGCAACUAAAACAAAAUCAGCAACAACAACAGCAACUGCAGCAACAACAUGUACGCCGAAAUUCGACCGCAUCAAAUGCAUCGUCCUCUGAUAAUUUCGACACCUUCAUUGCACUGCGCAGUGCACAAACGAUAACACAUAAUGAUAGUGUUGCCACUAUGCUCAGUAGUGCAACAACAAAUGUUGCCGCUUCAACAGCUCCAACUAGUUUACACGCUGAUUACAAAAUGUCGAACAAACGCAUUGCAUACCAGACGCAGAAACAGUCCAAACAACAACAGCAACAGCAACAGCAACAAAAGACGCCAGCAUAUUAUCAACAGCAGCAGCAACAACAACAACAACAACAACAGCCGCAGCAGCAACGUCAACAAAAUUACCUUUCAGCUACAUCAGGCACAACAAAAACAACAAAAACAACAACAGCAACAACACCGCCUACACCACAUUUGACUGUAUUGAACUACUAUGGCAGCGGUGCUGCAGCUGAAAAUCUAUCUGUACAUACCUAUGCCUCCUCAAAUGCCUCCACCGCUUCAUCGUCAGCUUCGUCGGCGGCUGCAAACACGAAGUAUUCUUCAUUAACGGCAUACGCGACAAACACGUCAAAUGCAAAUACACUGUCAACAAUUUUGGCACAAGUAAAUUCGGUUAAAUCUUCUACACCAAUGCAACCGCAAUCGUCUUUAAUGAUUGCCAGCAGCGUUAGCAACGAAAUACCAGCAGCAACGCCAACGUACAUCAGCGAACGCGGCGAAACUUAUAUUUUAGAAUACGAAUGUUAG